GAUAUCUACGUCAAACGUAGAGGGCUCUCAAAAUUCGGCGCCGCGCGCAUUUCCUUGACGAUCUACUCUAAUAAUGUCGCGCCACGAGCCGCGUAAAAUCGCUCCGGCCCCCCCAGCAAUAUUACUUUACGAUGCUGCCGGCCCGAAUACCCAGCCUUGGGCUCCAAAUAUUUGGCGCAUUCGAUUCAUCUUAAAUUAUAAGCGCCUCCGCUAUCGUACCAUAUGGGUCGAGUUCCCAGACGUCGAAACAACGAUACGAUCACUGGGUGCCCCGCCUAGUGCCGUUCGAAAUGAUGGUCGCCCCGUAUACACUCUUCCUGUAAUCAUUGAUCCCACAAAGAACCCCUCCGCUCCCCAGAUCCUCUCCAACACCAACACGAUCGCCGAAUACCUCGAAUCGACGUACCCUGCACGACCUGUCUUCCCCCCGGGAUCCCGCGCGCUCCAAACACUCUACGUCCACUACAUACAGGAAGUCUUCGUAAAGCCUCUCCUCCCAAUCAUGGUCCCCCUCAGCCAUCAGCGCCUUCCGGAACGAAUCCAAUCGCAUUUCCGAACGUCCGAUGCUCCGAGCCCUCCUGGACAGUAUCUCCCUCCUGGCCCACAGUGCGAGGUUGCUUGGACAGCGGUCAAAGAGCAGUUCGAGUUCCUCGCCAAUGUGUUGGCUAAAAAUACCGGGGACGGGGAUGGGGUCGUUGCGAUGGGUCGGGAGGUGUCUUACGCGGAUUUCGCGGUCUGCUCGGUUCUGAUCUGGAUUGAGCGGAUGGCGCCGAAAGAUGGAUGGUUGCGGGUAAGGAGUUGGAAUAGUGGGAGAUGGCUCCAACUGUGGGAGCGAUGCCGUCCCUAUAUGGAUGAGCACUAAAGUCCGGUCAAUUUAAUUCUUAAUCACUUCAAUAGAAGUACAGUAGCCAGUCUAGAAUUACCCUAUCGUUUUGUUGUAUCUUCG